CCCCUUUGCAACUUGAGCGAAUUCUCUUGACACUUCCCGUCCGAAUCAUCGCUCUCGGUACGUGGGGAUUGUACACACACACACACACAUAUAUAUAUAUAUAUAUAUAUAUAUAUAUCUUCAUUACCGGAAAAGAUUGGCUCUUGUAAAUACUUACUCUUUCAAAACUUCAGAUUUCAAGAUGCCUUAUGGUCGUGGAGGCGCGGGCAAUAUUGAGGCUGCAAAUCAAAAGCAGAUAGACGACUUGGAGGCUCAACGCUCACGAGGGGAGCCAAGACCCGUCGAACCUGCAGAAUCGAGCAAGUCUUCAUCUAUAGCAAGUCCAGCAAAUCUGAAUCAGGAGUAUGCACACAUGGGCAGAGGUGGUGCAGGCAAUUGGUACUCACCGAAAGACCUAUCGCAGACGGGCAAGUUUGAUACAUCGCCUGAGCAGCUUUCAAGCGAGAGCAGAUCUAUCGACAAAGAUGCGACUUCAGAGUCAAGGCAUCGGGGACGAGGGGGGGCAGGCAACUUCAUUUGGUCAUCCGAGGAGGAGACGAAUGUAGAGAAACGAAGGAAAGAAGUGGAAAUUGAACUCAAAGAGAUGGUUGCAAAGGGUGUAGAAGCCGAACUUGCUCCACCACCUCGAGCUUUUAUACGACAGUGGAACGAGUAUUAAAGUGUGCACAUAUCCUCACGCGCUUGACUGAGCAUAUUCGGCUAGAGGAUAUGAUUCAUCCGGGAUUUGAAUCGUUGCGUAGAUACCCUUUGAGACUAUUAUGAUUUGCAUGCGUUUCUUGUCCAAAGACAGCUGUUCUGCAGGCUUGGACUUGUCGAAAAGAGCGUUGACUCAUAACGACAUGGUGCUAUGUGACAGUAGAUUCUGGCUUACAAACUACUUGAUAGCUACGCAAGAGCUCUUAAUGAAAGCUGAGGACAAGGAUAGAAUACGAGGCUAUGCUGAUCUGUGUUGUUUUUCCA